AUGCAACAGCGCAGAUAUUUUGCUGUUAUUCCUUUUAUUUCAACAAUGGCGACAGCCAUGCAAACAGGAGUAGAAGCCUACUAUGUUCCUCGGAAUACAUUCGUCCCACAAACAACGGCCAAGUCUCUUGAUUUAGAUUCAUUGCCAGAAAUUAAAGGUGCAAGAGCUCGCAGAGUUCCUGCCGGGGCGAAAUUUGCAUGCAAACCGUUGAUAGCAGUUGGGUUCUUGGUAGUAGCUGCAGCUGCUGUUGCUAUUGCAGUCCCGUUUCUGUUAGCACGACUAGUACCUCAACAACAUCAACGUCAACGACUAGCACUACCACUACCUCGACAACAUCAACAACAUCAACAACAAGUACAACGACUACUACAACAACAACUACAACAACUACUACAACAACAAGUACAACGACUACCACAACAACAACCACAACAUCAACGACAAGCACUACGACAACAUCAACGACAAGCACUACGACAACAUCCACAACAACGUCAACAACAACCAGCACUACCAGCACAUCAACAACAUCGACGACCUCAACAUCAACGACAACAACUAGAACAACUUCAACAACUACGACCACCUCCACAACAACAACAAGUACAGCAGCGCCAACAACUUGGCCAUAUACUGCAACGACAGUUACUUGUAGUAGCACUACAGCAACUUGUAACAUGUGCAACUACCACAACACUUGUUGCUAGCUGUCAAAGUUAUGAAGUAUCAUGGAAUAAUCGUUGCUACUAUUUAGAUGGAUCAACCGGUGUUUGUGCCAGUGGCUAUACUCUAGGAACGAAUGCUGUUUUAACCUGUAUAGCAACACAAUUUGUUGGAAAAACAUACCGCAGUGUAACAUCGAGUAACUGCUGUAUUUGGACAGCGGAUACUUAUGAGUGUUAUGGAAUGAGUUCAAACUGUAAUUCAGCUGGAACAUUUAGUGCAGGACCAGUGGUUAAUGGUGCUGGCUGUGCAAAUGCACAGAAUCAUAUGUCUGGACAGUUGACAUUCUGCGGUAAAGUUUGA